UAACAGAAUAGUAAGAUACUCAAUCUUUAAGGAAUUCAAAAUUGGCCAAGGCAACAGCAAUUUUUUUUUUUAAAAAUGAGGAUUUCUCAUGAUGAUGAAUAGUUGUGAUAAUUUGCCAUGGCUAACCAUGUAUACAGAUGCACUGUGAUGGGUCUGACCUUUUCUGCUGUAAAAACACAAAUCUUUUUUCUUGUGUGUGUGUGUCUGUACACCAGUCUGAAUAAACAGUGCCUUGGCUCCUUCUGGUGCUGAUGCAGAACUGCAGCCACAUGAUUCAUGCAAAUCUUCUCCUCAAAAGGUAAGAUUGGUGAUAAUCAAGAGCAAUGCAUUAACUUUCCAAGUAGGACAUUUGUAGCACUUGGAGAAUUUUUUUUUUUUUAAUCUGUGAUUCACUACUUAUAAAUCUCAGCAAGAAAGAUGGAAUCAACAUUUAGCAUAACAAGCUUUACAGCAGCAGAUUUUACAGCACCCACCAGAGUUUGUAAUGGUUCAGGUACAACUCUGACACCCUGAUUCUGCAAAUGUUAAAACAAGGGUGAAGGGCUCCUUAGUACUGACUGGGAGGUGAAGGAAAUGUGCCCUGGGAUCAUGGAGAAAAGCUAAGCACAUCUAAGUGUUUGACAUGUGAGGCCUAAGGAACAUCACACUGGGAGUCAGAGUUUCUUUUAUUGCUAUUCCCAGCACAGGCAGUGCAAGAUGAGAGGGAAAAGAGAACAAAAUUAGACACUUCAGUGAGGGCCUUAAGGGGGUUGCUUGUCAGGCACGUGGUGAUCUACAAUGUACAGAUCUACACAGAUAAACUUAAACCUGCAUGAGCUAACCUAACUUUAGCAGCUAUUCAGUCUUGGAUGAAAGAAACAGUGCAGGAGUUUUUGCAGCAGUGAGGUGGCUGUGAUGAAGAAAUAAAACUGCAGCAGGAAGUGUUCAUUUGUAUAAAUAAACUGACCUUUGGUACAUGGUCAUGAAACACUGCAGAAUCAGGAAACCAGGAGACAACUAAAGUAAAUGCAUUCUUCCUUCGUUUAAUGAAGCCCUGCUGAAUGUUUCCCUCAGCUUUCAGAUGAUCUGCUGUGUGAUCUGUGAAUGUUUGGCACCAGAAAGAUCUCCAUGUCUGUCUGUCAAUGCUGCAGGGAAGCACCUGUGCACAGCUGCCCAGGCUGGGGCUGCCUGCCUGGGGAUCCCUCUGGCAAUGCUGGGCAGUGCAGAGGGGUCUGGCCACCACGCUGGAGCACCUGGAGUGGAAGGGGCUGCCGGGGUGACGGAUGGGGACAGCAGGUACAAGGGAGCACCUUCUCCCUCUCUGGCAGGACAGGGGUGAGCUGGGGCCCUGCCAGAGGCCGGGGAAGCAGAUCACAGUCACAGAAUGGUCAGGCUGGAAGGGACCACAGUAAGCCACAGGUCCAACCUCCCUGGGGGACACGACACAGGACUGUGUCCAGAUGGUUCUGGAAUAUCUCCAGUAAGGGAAACUCCACAGCCACUCUGGAUAAUCUGUCCAGUGCUCGGUCACUGUUCAGGUGGAACUUCUUGGGCAUCAGCUCCUACCCAUUCCUCUUGUCCUCUGCUCAGCAUCAACGAAACACAGCCUGGAUCCAUCCUUUAGCACGCUUCUUUAGAUAUUCAUACACAUUCAUGAGGUCCCCUCUCAGUUGUCUCAUCUCAAGAUUGAACAGCCCCAGCUCCCACAGCCUUUGCUGGUCAGAGAGAUGCUGCAGUCCCUUUAUCUCCGAGGCUGAACAGCCCCAGAUCCCACAGCCUUUCCUCAUCAGAGAUGCUCCAGCCCCUUUAUCUUCGUAGCCUCCGCUACACCCGCUACAGGAGCUCCACAUCUCUCCUGUCUUUAGGAGCCCAGACCUGGACACAGCACCCUAGAGGAGCCUCACCUGCUCUAAACCGAGGAGCAGAGCCACCUCCCUGACCUGCUGGCCUGCUCUCCUAAAGCGAAGGGUUCCUCAGCAGGCUCCUCCUCCGCGGCGGGGAGGGGCCGAGGCCGCCGGGUCCCGGCGCGCAGCUCCGGCGGCGGGCGGCGAUCCGCACGGCGCCCGGCCCGGCCGCUCGGCUCGGCUCGGCUCCUGGCAGGAAGAGGAGAAGGAAGCAGGAGGCAGCAGCGGCGGCGGCAGCAGCAGCCCAGGGAGGGAAGAGCCGCUCACCAGUGACUUGUUUACCUGAAAUAGGGAGGAAGGUAUGCUUCAGCCACCGCAGCAAAGGAGCAGUACCAAGUUUGAAAGAUCAGCAGUAAACAAAGGCAGAGUGAAGAAUUUGCCACGUCGUGACUGAAGGUAGAAGGAAAAAAAAAAAAAAACCAAAACCUGCAAGGAGAUCAGCCCAGCAGCAGAUCAUCCACAUUUGUGGAAUCCAGAGGCUUUGGGGGAUCUUUGUUACACUUCCAGAAGAGCAAAUAACGCUGUCACACGUACAUCCUUGUGUCACCUGCAGUCUGGUGCCAGCUCUGGUGUAGAUGGCUCAGCUUCCUCCUGGGAUUCGUUUCAUCACUUCAUUCUCACGAGAUCAGUGGUAUAGAGCUUUCAUUUUCUCUCUCACUUUCCUGCUGUAUGCCAGCUUCCAUCUAUCAAGGAAACCUAUCAGCAUAGUGAAGGGAGAGCUGCAUAAGCAUUGUGCAAGUCAAGUUGAACUUGACUCUGACAAAGAAUAUGCUGCCCAGAUCCAGCCUGUCAAAAAGCCAUUUAAUGCCUCUCAGUGUGGAUGGGAGCCAUUUGAUAAGAGCAACUACAAACAGCUGCUGGGAGCACUGGAUUACUCAUUUUUGUGUGCAUAUGCAGUUGGAAUGUAUUUAAGUGGACUCAUCGGAGAGCGGCUGCCCAUCCGGUACUAUCUGACAGGGGGGAUGCUGGCCAGUGGCCUCUUCACUGCCAUGUUUGGACUGGGUUAUUUCUAUAAUGUGCAUAAUCUCUGGUUUUACAUAAUGGCCCAGAUAGCUAAUGGGUUGGUGCAAACCACUGGCUGGCCGAGUGUGGUUACAUGUAUUGGCAACUGGUUUGGAAAAGGAAGGAGAGGUUUGAUUAUGGGAGUCUGGAAUUCACACACUUCAGUGGGGAAUAUCCUGGGAUCCUUGAUUGCUGCUUACUGGGUGUCCACGUGCUGGGGCCUCUCCUUUGUGGUGCCUGGGGUCGUCGUGGCUGUCAUGGGGGUUGUUUGUUUCCUGUUCCUUAUUGAACAUCCUAAAGAUGUCAGUUGCUCCUGCACACCAUCCAGUAGUUCUAAAACCUUCCUGAACGGUGCCUCUCGGUGCAGAAUCCAGAUGCCAACUUUAAAUGCUAAGGAAAAUGGCAAACCUCAGGAUCCAGAGGUGCAGCAUUUGCUCACUGACAGUGAGAGCUGCAGUGUGUCCCUGAGCUCCAGCACUGUGGCCACUGGGGAAGGAAGGCAUGGGACAUCAGCCAUCAGCUUCCUUGGGGCCCUGAGGAUACCUGGAGUUGUGGAGUUCUCCCUUUGUCUCCUGUUUGCAAAGCUGGUGAGCUACACUUUCCUCUUCUGGCUUCCCCUCUACAUCACAAAUGUAGAGCAUCUUGAUGCCAAAAGAGCUGGGGACCUUUCUACCCUGUUUGAUGUGGGUGGGAUCUUUGGUGGGAUUUUGGCAGGUCUCAUUUCAGACAGGCUGGAGAAGAGAGCAUCAACCUGCGGAAUGAUGUUGCUGCUUGCAGCACCCACACUAUACAUGUUCUCUGCAGUCAGUAAAAUGGGCCUUGAGGCUACUAUAGUGAUGCUGCUUAUCAGUGGUGCCCUGGUGAAUGGCCCUUAUGCCCUGAUCACCACUGCUGUCUCUGCUGACUUGGGCACCCACAAAAGCCUGAAAGGGAAUGCAAGAGCCUUGUCCACAGUGACGGCCAUCAUCGACGGGACAGGCUCUGUGGGUGCAGCUUUGGGGCCUCUCCUGGCUGGCCUUAUUUCCCCUUCAGGCUGGAACAACGUGUUUUACAUGCUCAUGGUGGCAGAUGCAUGUGCCUUGCUACUCUUACUCCGUCUUAUCCAGAAGGAACUUCAGUGUCAUGCAGAUCACACCCUGUUCAAAGAGCACUGAGCUACGAGACCAGAGCUGGGAUAAGGAGUGUGCCUGUGGAUGGAGCUCUUCCCUGAAAACCAAACAGCUUCUUCUGUAUUUAAAAAGUCUCAGUGUGGUGAAGAGCCUUGCAGGAUUGCUGGAAGCAGCUGGUAAAUCCCUGAAGCUCUGAUUUUUGCACAUGAAUAAGUACCUCAGGAUGGCAAACUGUUCACCAGAUGAAGAGAUGGGAACUUGGGGAAGGUUUCAGCAGCACGCCUCGACUGAGCCAAAGAGAAAUACCAAGUGCCUUUUUUAUUUCUUUUGAUAGGAUGUUUUUAAUUGAAACUAUGAACUGUGUAUUUGUCAAAAAUUAAGGCAAAGCUGGAGCAGGAGGAAGUUGAAAUUUUAGCAGUCUGUGGGUGUCAGCGAGCAAAGUAUGUGUCUCUUAUGUCAUCUUGUGUACACUGAGAGCAUCACUUUCCAGAGGACAAUAUCAGCUGGUUAUUAAGAUGUGCUGCUAUUAGUAUUUGAAGCUGCUCAGACAAUAAUCACCCUGCUGUAUUAUUAGUUUUUAGCUCCAGUACUACUUCCCAAGGACAGCAUCCAGCCUUUUGGUGGGUUGUAAAAUAGAAUUUGCUCUUCCUGUGUACUGCAGUUAGCAGUUUUCACAGAUCCUCUGGAUGGAUGUUAGUCCUCCAUUAGGAUUAUACAAAAAAAAAAAAAAAAAAAAAAAAAAAAAAAAAAAAAAGAGUCCUAAGCAACAAAAAGCAGUUUAUGAGUCAGAAUUUCCAGUGGGGCCCUAAUGAUUUUUCAGGGCAUUAUAAACCAGUUGUGCAAACAUCAAGGAAUGUGCUGCUCUGCUAGGCUGGGCUGACAUGAGAGGGGGUUUUUGGGGUGGCAGAGAGCUGUGAGCUGUCCUGUGCUUCAGCACCACAGCACUGAGCAGGUGGAGCUGCUUUGGUGCCCACUGGCACAGGGUCUCUGCUGGGUUUCAGUGCUGGUGUGUGCACGUGGAGCUCAUCAUCAGAUCUGGGCCUUAAUAUCCAGCAAUCUCUCUCAAGUGGCUCUGGGUUUCAGAUUUGGAGCCAAAAUAUAAGAGAAGAAAAAUUACCUGUGUGGGUGGUAGUUUGUAAGAGAACAUUUGAGUACCUAGUGCUACCCAGAAAAUAGAUGGUUUAAUGUCUUCAGAACAUAUCAUUUCUGUGUACAGCUGUCUGCUUUGCAAACAGAAUGUUUCUGUGAUUUUUUUUUUUUCCUAAGAUGUACAAAGUGAAAAGAAAUCUUUUUUUUGUAUGGGGUGUUUGUACUUAGAUCACAAAGAUAAGGUAAUUUAAACUGUGUGUUGUCCUUAACUGUAUUUAUUAAAGCUCUAGGCCUUUGUCUUGCUCUAUGCUCUUAAGUUUUGUGAGACAGUGCAAGAGUCUUUACACUUGAUUAGCAAAACACUUUUAAAAGCCCUGCAAAAUAUUCAUGAAUGUCCCAUCAGCUGCUGGUAACAAUUUCCAGGGCUGUUUUGUACCUCUUCAGUCUUUGAGUUUUUCACUGGUUUGAUCCAGCAGGUGCUUCAUGCUUGACCUGAACAGUGUCAGAAUGGGCUCAUUUUCCACUGAUUUGCUGAGAAGAGGUGUAGGGAUGACCUCAGACCCACAGGGACUUUGGGAAGGUGCCAGGUCCUUGCAGGGAGCUCUGGGAGGGUCCUGUCCCUGCACUGACCUGGCUGGAAGAUUGACCUUGCACAUUUGGAGUAAAUCAGGGGGAAUACUUAACAUAGGAACUCAAAAAUCUCUGCUGUGCUUGGGCUGUGGUUAAGUGUGACAGAGUUGUGCAGCAAUGUUCCUUGAAAUGAUUUCCAUCCUCCUGUAAUGGGGGAAAACUGCUCCUGGAAUGUCAAACUGCUCCUCACUCAACCAGGCUGAACCUGGGGCUCUGCUGGAACAGCCCCUGAUGGGGCAAAAAUAACAUUGCAACCCCAAAACAGCUUCAGUGCCUGUGUGGAAAGGGAGAAAUGGAUGGAGGACCACUUUAGCUGGCGAUUCCAAUCCCUUUCCCCAAAAAUAUGUGUAGAGCUUUAUACUGGUUUACUGAAGCAGUUCAAACUCUGCUGUGCUCAGAUUUUGAGAAGCUGUCCCCUGUGGGCUGAAGCCUAAGGUUAAAAAGCUUUUGGUUGUAUUUCUGGAGAUAUUUAAAUGUGUUUUGGGUUUUACUUGUUGGGGCUGCUGCUGUUAUUUAUUUAUUUAUUUGAAUAGCUUUUGCACUGCAAUGACUCGGGUAUGGGGUAAUGACAGAUUACAUUUCAGUUCCUCCAAGCUACA